UACCGCUUAUUUUCCUGCUUGUCUUCCUCGUUUGGCUCCCGGUUUCGUCUCUACUCCACAAUCCAGAGAGUCCCUACCCUUCUCUCUUGCUCUCAACAAAGCACAAAUCCCAAUCCUGCUUUUGUUCCUUUCCCAUACGACAUUACAAUCAUAAGCACCAGAAGCAGAGAGAUAAAAGAAGAGCUCAGCUCAUUUCAAGGCGGUCACUAUUCACUUCUCUUUUGUUUGAUUCUCCAAACUUUAACGGAGGUUUAAUGUUGUAAUGGAGACCAAAGGUGGUGACAAGAAAAAGUCUUCUAGUAUUAGAGCUAGAACCCAAUACGAAGCCCCCCUUGAUUACAUCAUUGAAGACGUUCGUCCCCACGGCGGCAACGAGAAAUUCCGAUCUGCUGCUUAUUCCAACUGCGUGAGGCAACCAUCCUGAUCUCUUUUUCGUUAGACGAUGGACGCUUCAGUAGAGUAGGGAAUUUUCUUCAAAAGUUUUAGGAGUUUUUAGCCAUCCAUCAGCCUUGCUCAGAGAAUUAAGGUCGCAUCAAACUUUCGUUAUUUGCAUUUUGGCGCCUGCUUUUUGUGAGAUAUUCUCAAAAUGGCUGUUUCAGCUAUUGGUUUCGAAGGCUUUGAGAAACGCCUGGAAAUCACAUUCUCGGAGCCACCCGUGUUCAGAGAUCCGAAUGGGCAGGGCCUUCGGGCCCUGACUCGGUCUCAACUCGACUCCAUUCUCGUGCCCGCUUGCUGCACUAUAGUUUCCCAGCUAUCCAACGCUGAGUUUGACUCGUACGUGCUCUCCGAGUCGAGUUUGUUCGUUUUCCCUUUCAAAAUCAUACUCAAAACAUGUGGCACCACCAAAUUGCUUCUGUCCAUCCCACCAAUCAUGAAACUUGCCGACUCGCUCUCACUCGGUGUCAACUCGGUUAAGUACUCGCGUGGGACCUUCGUUUUCCCGAAUGCCCAACCUGCCCCUCACCGCACCUUUUCUGAAGAGGUGGCCUUCUUGAACGCUUACUUCAAAGACGGGAGUGGCUACGUCCUCGCCGAUCCGAACUUUCCGAAUCGCAACUGGCAUGUCUACGUGGCACAGGUGGGCCCGCUAAAGUCCGACCAUCCGAGGCCCGUGUUUAAUUUGGAGGUGUGCAUGACGGGCUUGGACGGAGAAAAAGCCGCCGUGUUUUUCAAAACAUCGGAUGGAUACAAUCAAAUGACGAAAAUGUCCGGGAUUUCUGAGAUAAUUCCAAGUCACUUGAUAUGCGACUACGAAUUUGAGCCAUGCGGGUACUCAAUGAAUGGGAUGGAGGGCUCAGCUUAUUCUACCGUGCACGUGACCCCAGAGGACGGGUUCAGCUACGCCAGCUAUGAAUCCAUGGGUUUGGACUUCGGGUCGGAGAAUCUGGGCGGGUUGGGAUCGCUGGUGAAUAGGGUGCUGAGGUGUUUCGGACCAGCUGAGUUCAGUGUCGCUGUCACGUGCUUGGGAGGUGGCGACAGAUGUGGGGACGAGCACCUGGAGUUCUGGGGUGGUGACGUGGAGGGAUACAGGUGUGAGACUGGGGUGAGGCAAGAGUUGCCAGGUGGCGGCUGUGUGUUCUACCGGUGUUUUGCCGCAUUCAGGGGAGGAAAAGGGGAGUGCAGAGUGGGGACCCCGAAAUCAGUUUUGCAUUGCUGGGAGGAAGUGGCGGAGGAAGGGGCGGAGGUGGUGGGGAUUGGACCUGUAGGUGGUGGUGCGGUGGUGUCCUGCCCGUUUGUGGGGUCUGCUUAGUUUGGAUAAUGGUUUGUUAAUUUUAGGUUGGCUGUCCAUUGCUGCUCAAUUAGGAGAUUGUAAAGUUUCUUAUUGUCCUUUUAUUUUAGAAGAAUGGCACUUCCGAGCGUGGGAUUUUAGCUGUCUUGGAACCACUUUUGGAGUAGCGUGGAGUAGAAGGGUUAAAUUAACUAGUGUUUCCUAGUGCUAAGUAACUUUGAUCAUUAAUGGAGGAUUUUAUGUUUUAUCAUUCUUCAAUUUUUCUUGUGGUAAGCUUGUGAAA